CCACAAUGCUUUCUCCUUCCUUUUCGUCUGAUCUAAAAUGCCGAAGGGGAAAAAGGCUAAGGGGAAGAAGGUGGCCCCGGCCCCCUCGGUGGCCAAAAAGCCAGAAGUUAAGAAGGUGGUCAACCCCUUGUUUGAAAAGAGGCCCAAGAACUUUGGCAUUGGUCAGGACAUUCAACCCAAGCGUGACCUGACACGCUUCGUGAAAUGGCCCCGUUACAUUAGACUUCAGCGACAGCGUUCAAUUUUGUACAAGCGUCUGAAGGUUCCACCUUCAAUCAACCAAUUCACUCAGGCCCUGGAUCGCCAGACGGCGACACAACUUUUCAAGCUGGCCCAUAAGUACAGGCCUGAAACCAAGCAGGAGAAGAAGCGUAGGCUGGUGGCCCGGGCUGAGCAGAAGGCUUCUGGAAAAGGAGAUGCCCCAACUAAACGACCACCUGUUCUCCGUGCCGGUGUGAAUACUGUUACCACUCUGGUGGAGAGCAAGAAGGCUCAGUUGGUUGUCAUUGCCCAUGACGUGGACCCCAUUGAGCUGGUCGUCUUUCUUCCUGCACUAUGCCGGAAGAUGGGAGUCCCCUACUGUAUAGUCAAGGGCAAGGCAAGGCUGGGUCGUUUGGUUCACAGGAAGACCUGCACUUCUGUGGCCUUUACACAGAUCAAUCCUGAGGACAAAGGAGCUCUUGCCAAGCUGGUUGAAGCCAUCAAGACAAACUACAAUGAUCGAUACGAGGAGAUCCGUCGUCACUGGGGAGGUGGCAUCAUGGGCCCCAAGUCAACGGCUCGUAUUGCCAAGCUGGAGAAGGCGAAGGCCAAGGAAUUGGCCACAAAACUGGGCUAAAUACACAAUGUGUCCCCUUUUCAUUGUGUAUAUAAUAAAGAGGAAAAAUCAA